GCGGCGAGCUCAGCGGAGAGAGCACAGCGCCAUGGAAGGCAGGGUGAAGUUGACGAAGGCCUUGAUGGCCUGGCCCAACCGGCGCAACCGGCGUCCGCCGAACCCCAUCCCGUUCCCCGAGCUGUAUGAUGGCGACACGGAGCUGCUCCCGGACUUCAUCGUGCAGACCGGCUCCUACAUGUUCGUGGACGAAAAGACCUUCAACUGCGACGAGAACAAGGUGACGUUCCUCAUCACCCGCCUCAAGGGCCGGGCGCUGCAGUGGGUGAUCCCCUACAUCGAAUCGGACAGCCCCCUGCUCAGCGAUUACAGAGGCUUCCUGGCCGAGAUGAAGCGCGUGUUCGGGUGGGUGGAGGAGGACUUCUAGGCCGCCGACCCCACGGGCCUGGGGUGGGGGCUCCGGGAGGGUGGGCCUCAG